AUGCGUCUACAGCGAAGAGGGAAAAAAAUUGAACCUAAACAGAUUACUCCUUACGAUCUGAUUGGUUUGAAUAGUAUAGCCACAUUUAAAGAGAAAAUUGAAUGGAAUGUACGACUUAAUGUUUCACUGGAUGAACUUCCCAAUUCGUACAUUAUUUACGAUUAUUCAUACGAUCAUGAUACAAUAACUGAAGAAUUACGAGAAUUAGCUAUACAAUAUUCGAAUGAACAAAUUAUUGUUGGAGCUAUCAGUGGAAAAGAGUCAACAUCGUUGGCAUUGGCUGCUAUGGGUCCAGGAAAUAUUUUGAAGUUGGACACUCCUCAAAAUCAGCCAGUCAACAAAAAUCCAUCAGAUGACGAAGAUGACGAUGGCGUUAAACCGUUAAGUUGGCACCUCGAUCGCUGUAGCGGUGAUUGGCGAGCAGAAAACACAAAAGGUUUACGGCGGAACAAUGAGUGGCGUAAAGUUAUACUUGCCGAAAACUAG